AAAAUGAAGUGUAAGGGGGGAUUGGAAUGUCCUUUUUUAAAUGCUAAUGCACCAGCAGUAGCACUGGCAAGUUUGUGAGGGCAUGUAAAACAGGUGAAAGUAUUCCUUCUAUGGUCCCCAUUGCGAUACCUGUGGUCUGGUUCCCCAAAUACUCUUGUUGGUGUUUUUUUGUUUGCUUUUGCUUCCUCAAACGGAUCGAAUGAGUCGAGUCUGUAUUGUUGUUUUGGAGGAGGUGGAAGAUGAUUCUCCCACAUUUAUUUCCAAAUUACCUCAGGAAAAUGUAUCUUUACGUCCAUCGCCCUCUGGAAAUGUGCUGCCACCGUUGGUUCAAGCUAUAUUUAAUGGAGAUCCUGAUGAAGUUCGAGCACUGAUAUUUAAGAAAGAAGAUGUUAAUUUUCAGGAUAAUGAGAAAAGGACCCCUUUACAUGCUGCUGCCUAUCUGGGAGAUGCAGAAAUUAUUGAACUACUUAUUUUAUCUGGAGCUAGAGUUAAUGCCAAAGACAGCAAAUGGUUGACUCCUUUACACAGAGCUGUGGCGUCUUGUAGUGAGGAUGCUGUUCAGGUGUUGUUAAAGCAUUCAGCAGAUGUCAAUGCUCGUGAUAAAAACUGGCAGACACCCCUACAUAUAGCAGCUGCAAACAAAGCUGUGAAAUGCGCUGAAGCUUUGGUGCCUCUCCUAAGCAACGUAAAUGUGUCUGAUCGAGCAGGCAGAACUGCAUUGCAUCAUGCAGCCUUCAGCGGACACGUUGAGAUGGUCAGCUUACUGUUGUCUAGAGGGGCCAAUAUUAAUGCGUUUGACAAGAAAGACAGACGAGCUAUACAUUGGGCAGCAUUUAUGGGUCAUAUUGAAGUUGUGAAAUUACUCGUGGCCCACGGAGCCGAAGUGACGUGCAAGGACAAGAAAUCGUACACACCUUUACAUGCUGCAGCAUCUAGUGGGAUGACCAAUGUAGUCAAAUAUCUUCUAGAUCUUGGAGUUGAUAUGAACGAACCAAAUGCCUAUGGAAAUACUCCUCUCCAUGUAGCUUGCUACAACGGACAAGAUGUUGUAGUGAAUGAACUCAUAGACUGCGGUGCUAAUGUAAAUCAAAUGAAUGAGAAGGGUUUUACACCUUUGCACUUUGCUGCUGCGUCAACACGUGGAGCAUUGUGUUUAGAGCUUUUGGUCUGUAAUGGAGCAGAUGUAAAUUUGAAGAGUAAAGAUGGGAAAACACCUUUGCACAUGACAGCGAUCCAUGGUAGAUUUUCAAGAUCUCAAACCAUCAUUCAAAAUGGAGCUGAAAUAGACUGUGAAGAUAAGAAUGGAAAUACUCCUUUGCACAUAGCAGCUAGAUACGGCCAUGAGCUAUUAAUCAACACUCUGAUUACGAGUGGUGCUGACACUGCAAAGCGGGGUAUACAUGGGAUGUUUCCUCUCCAUUUGGCAGCAUUAAGUGGAUUUUCAGACUGCUGCAGAAAGCUCCUCUCAUCAGGUUUUGACAUUGACACACCAGAUGACUUUGGCAGGACUUGUCUUCAUGCAGCUGCAGCUGGAGGGAAUUUGGAGUGCCUAAAUCUUCUGCUAAAUACUGGUGCAGACUUCAACAGGAAGGACAGAUUUGGGAGAACUCCACUCCAUUAUGCUGCUGCCAAUUGUAAUUAUCAGUGCCUGUUUGCCCUUGUGGGAUCUGGAGCUAGUGUGAACGACCUUGAUGAGAGGGGUUGUACACCUCUGCACUAUGCAGCUGCAUCAGACACAGAUGGAAAGUGCCUGGAAUACUUGCUAAGAAAUGAUGCCAAUCCGGGGAUCCGAGACAAACAAGGAUACAAUGCAGUUCAUUAUUCAGCUGCUUAUGGUCAUCGCUUAUGUCUUGAAUUGAUCGCAAACGAAACGCCUCUAGAUGUUCUGAUGGAAACAUCGGGUACUGACAUGCUGAAUGAUUCAGACAACAGAGCACCUAUAAGUCCACUGCAUUUAGCUGCCUACCAUGGCCACCAUCAAGCUCUGGAAGUGCUGGUACAGUCGCUGCUGGACCUUGAUGUGAGGAAUAAUAACGGAAGGACACCAUUGGAUCUUGCCGCCUUUAAGGGACACGUGGAAUGUGUAGAUGUGCUCAUUAAUCAGGGAGCAUCAAUCUUGGUGAAAGAUUAUGUUGUAAAGAGGACCCCAAUACAUGCUGCAGCUACCAAUGGUCACUCGGAAUGUUUGCGGCUAUUGAUAGGAAAUGCAGAACCACAGAACGCUGUGGACAUUCAAGAUGGAAAUGGACAGACUCCUCUGAUGCUGUCAGUUCUCAAUGGGCACACCGACUGCGUUUAUUCACUCCUUAACAAAGGAGCAAAUGUAGAUGCCAAAGAUAAGUGGGGAAGGACGGCAUUACAUAGAGGGGCAGUUACUGGGCAUGAGGAAUGUGUGGAAGCAUUGCUUCAACAUGGUGCUAAGUCCUUAUUACGAGACUGUAGGGGGCGAACCCCUAUACACUUGUCAGCUGCAUGUGGACAUAUAGCUGUUCUAGGAGCUCUCCUGCAGUCAGCUACAUCCGUGGAUGCAGUACCUGCGAUAGCAGACAAUCACGGCUAUACAUCACUGCAUUGGGCCUGCUAUAAUGGUCAUGACAGUUGUGUAGAGCUGCUCCUGGAACAGGAAGUUUUCCAGAAAAUGGAAGGAAAUUCUUUCAGUCCAUUGCAUUGUGCUGUGAUAAAUGACAAUGAAGGUGCUGCAGAAAUGUUAAUUGAUACACUAGGUGCUGGUAUUGUAAAUUCAACAGAUUCAAAAGGAAGAACUCCUCUUCAUGCAGCAGCUUUUACGGAUCACAUUGAGUGUCUACAGCUUCUGCUCAGUCACAACGCUCAAGUAAACGCUGUAGAUUCUUCUGGGAAAACACCUUUAAUGAUGGCUGCAGAAAAUGGACAGACAAAUACAGUUGAGGUGCUGGUUAGCAGUGCUAAGGCUGAUCUGACUUUGCAAGACAGUUCUAAGAACACAGCACUCCAUUUGGCUUGCAGCAAGGGUCAUGAAACUAGUGCCUUGUUAAUACUGGAGAAGAUUACGGAUAGAAACCUCAUCAAUGCCACCAAUGCAGCCUUGCAAACGCCUCUGCAUGUUGCUGCUCGGAAUGGACUAACAGUUGUAGUUCAAGAGCUUUUAGGGAAGGGAGCAAGUGUACUUGCUGUAGAUGAAAAUGGUUACACACCAGCUUUGGCCUGUGCGCCCAACAAGGAUGUGGCUGAUUGCCUGGCUCUCAUUCUGGCCACCAUGAUGCCUGUUUCAUCGAGCAGCACGUUACCUUCCCUUACGUUCAAUGCCAUUAAUCAUUACACCAACACCUCAAAAACUGUCACCUUCGAUUCCUUGCCAAUCAUGAGGAGUGACCACAGCUCUUACUGUACUUUCAACAACAUUGGCAGGGAAGAUGGCUACCCGUAUACAGAAGAAGAUGAACUCAAUGACUCGGAUUCUGAGACCUAUUAGAAGCUACGUUUUGUAGGUCUGAAGAGUGAACCCUCAUGCUGGAAGGUCAGACUUGUGCUUUUGGAAAAAAGCUAUCAGUGUUUGAAUGCAAAAAGAGGACAGGCCCUUGAGAAGAUGUUUUUUAUUGUGGUUGCAUAUAACAAAAAAAAAAAAAUCUGUGAGACUCUAGGAGGAUUUUUAAGAGCAUAUUUUGCAGAAGAAGCAUAAAUUCUUGAAUAAGUACUUGGAAUCCAUGGCAAAAAAAAAAAAAAAAAAA